CCUGCGCAUGUGCAGGAAAGGAAACAAGGGGGCGUGUAAAAACGGCAACGUUUUCUAAUCGGCCCUCGCGCGCUAGAUAGUAGACAGCUUCAGAUCCCAUCUUCUGAUCUUCAUCCAUGUCCAUUGUUGAUCGAAUCCCAAUUGAAUUCCCUAAUUAAAAUUGAACCAAGAUUAGGGAUUUUAACUUGAUAGAUCUCCCGUUAUACGGUUAUAAGAACAGCUUGCUUUGUCAUUACUAUGCCAUGGAGUGGAUUAUAUGGUUACAGUUACAGUGAUAUACCCUCUGUUUUAGUUCUUCCACUUGUUUUUAACAGGUGAGAGUUUAGAAGUUGGGAAAUAUAGUUGUUCUCAAAGAUUGCUACAAUGUCAAUGGGGGAAGGCAAUGUUGGUGAAACAACGGAAACUCAGACAGAAGAUUCUCCUUUGGAUCCUGAGAAACAGUUGUCUGAUAUACCCCAUGGAAAGAAUGAAAAUCUUGUGAAGGAAAAUGGGUUGCAUGAUGGCAUUCCAUUGGUAGAAAAUACACAGGAGCAGCUUGUACAAAUGGUUAUUGAGCUUAAGUUUCAGAAUGAGUUCUUGAAAUCACAAUUUGAGGGUUUGAAAAAUAAUCAAUCAGCAAGUGAGGAGUCACAACAGAGAACAGAAGUAAGUGAUCAGAAAACUGUGGGAUCUACUGAUGUGGAAGAACUUCGUCAAAGGAUUGAGUCUUUGAGUAGAGAACUUAGUGAAGAGAAACAAACACGUGGUGCUGCAGAGGUGGCUUUGAAUCAUCUUCGUGAGGCAUACUCUGAAGCGGAUGCAAAAGCCCAGGAGCUCCUCACAAAGCUUACUGAAGCUCAACAGAAGUUGGAUCAAGAAAUAAAAGAGCGUGAAGAGAAGUACUCUGAGCUCGAUUCCAAAUUUCAAAGGCUUCAUAAACGAGCGAAACAGCGGAUUCAAGAGGUUCAGAAGGAAAAGGAUGAUCUCGAAGCCAGGUUUCGUGAUGUAAAUGAAACGGCCGAGCGAGCAUCAUCCCAGCAUUCAGCACUGCAGCAAGAGCUGGAGCGCACUAGGCAACAAGCGAAUGAUGCAUUGAGAGCAAUGGAUGCAGAGAGGCAGCAAUUAAGAAGUGCCAACAAUAAACUCCGCGACAAUAUUGAGGAGUUGCGCCGUUCAUUUCAACCUAAGGAGAAUGCUCUUGAGGCAUUACAACAGACACUUUUGGAGAAAGAGCAGAUGUUAGAAGACAUGAGAGGUCUGCUGCAAUCUGCAGAAGAGAAAAGGCAAGCUUCAAUAGCUGAACUAUCUGCUAAACAUCAGAAGAAUAUAGAGAAUUUGGAAGGCCAACUCAAUGAUGCUUUAGCUGAUAGGACCAAGGCUACUGAAACUAUAUCUUCAUUGCAGGUGCUGAUUGCAGAGAAAGAGUCUGAAAUUGCAGAGAUGGAUGCUGCUUCAAGUGGUGAAGUGGCUCGGCUUAGAGCUGCUUUGGAAAGUGUAAAGGGAGAGCUUGCUCACCAAAAACACGAACAUGAGAAAGAAAAGGAGAGCUGGGAAGCGGCUUCCCAGGGUCUCAAAAUGAAACUUGAAAUUGCUGAGAGUAACUGCAUACGUGCUGAAAUUGAAGCAGCUAAAAUGAGAAGUCAGCUGGAAUCAGAAGUGUCGGUGCAAAGGCAGAUGCUAAAUAAAAAAGAUGCUGAACUGUUGGCUGCCAAAGAGGAGAUCAACCGACUUGAAACUGAAUUUUCCUCAUAUAAAGUUCGUGCUCAUGCACUUCUCCAGAGAAAAGAUUCAGAGCUAGCUGCAGCAAUGGACUCUGAACAACUUAGAGUCUUGGAGGAAGCACUAAAAGAGGCUGAAAAAGAAGUGUCAAUAAUAUCUGCAGAAAGGGACAAGGCUCUUCAGGAUCUUCAAGAUGCAUUGGCUCAUCGUGAUAAAGAGCUCGCUGAGAGAGAUGCAGCACUGAACAAUUCCAAGAAGCAGAUUAAGAGCAUAGAAAUAAAACUUGAUUCUGCCAAUGCUCGCCACCAAUUAGAGAAAGAAGCAUGGGAAACCAACCUUCAGAACUUGGAAGAAUCGUGGAAAUCUAGAUACGAGGCAUUGAAGGCAGAAAAAGAAGUUUCUUCAGGACAAGAUAUACAAAGAGAAUUGGAAGAAUUCAAGCUACAGUAUAAAAAGCUGAAGGAGGAGCACGAGUCAUUUCGUGACCUUGCUGAUAGAAUGAUUGGGGAGAAGGACAAAGAAAUCUCUAAACUUGUUGAUGAUAAUAAAAAUCUCCGCAGCUCUUUGGAAUCAAGAUCACAAGUGUGCCAGGUUGAUCAAAAUGGAAAUAACAUGACAGCCUUGAAAAAGCAGGAUGUACCAAAUUUAAGCACCUCAGCUGCAGAACAGCAGAUUCUGCUUUUGGCACGGCAACAAGCUCAGAGAGAGGAGGAGCUGGCACAAUCACAGAGGCAUAUUUUGGCUCUUCAAGAGGAAAUUGAGGAACUUGAACGGGAAAAUCGUCUUCACAGCCAACAGGAAGCCAUGCUGAAGGCUGAGCUACGCAACAUGGAAAGAACGCAGAAAAGGGAGGGGGUAGAUAUGACAUAUCUGAAAAAUGUCAUCUUGAAGCUUCUUGAAACAGGUGAAGUGGAGGCUCUACUGCCUGUCAUUGCAAUGCUUCUGCAAUUCAGCCCUCAAGAGGUGGUGAAAUGUCAACAAGCAUAUCGUGCAGCUAAUGACGUAACACCAAGUCCGGCUAGCGACUCAUCUGGGUCAACACUCUCUCUUUUCUCAAGAUUUUCUUUUUCAUAACACCUGAAAGAACAUCCUAGAGAAUUCUUUUGGCCCAACUGCUAUUUGGCUGCAGUUGUAUUGGGUGAUUGCUGACGCUGAAAGCAGAGUUGAGAGUGGUCACAUUGUGUAUCUUUUUGUAACGCAAGCCAAUUUAUCUUUUUCUGUUUAGAUAUUGUAAAGGAAAUAACAAGAGAAUGAUAUAUGAUAAACAGUUUUCAUCAUUCUAUUUUUCUUUCCGGAAAAAAUGUCCUGAAGCUAGGCAGUUCUUAUUUUCUUUUGUUUUGUUUAAACUGUUUUCUUUUUUGUUUUAUUCUUUUUGACAAAUCAUUGUAUAUGUGAAAAGGAAAAAUUGUUGGAUAAACUAAUAUUCUAUUGUCGGCAGUUUGGACA